UCAGCUGUUAUGUGUCGUGCUGCGCCGCCCUCAGCUACUUGGCGCCCUGGGCGGUUGCCUAGUUCGCCUGUAUGGACGCGCCGGCCCUGAUUGCUAGCUGCCUUUUUAGUGUUGUUUUUAGAUUAGAGGUAGUGUGUGCUAACAUAAUGAGUUCGUGCGGAGAAGAUAGUGAUUAUCUUGUAGUACAUUCUCCUAUUAAGAAAAAAUGUGCUCUCAAAAGUGAUAAAAAAAGUGUUCAGAAAUAUCGUCGCGAAUGGGAAAAAUUGGAUGACAUGAAACUGUGGGACCAGGCAAACAGGACAAGAAAUCAAGAAAUGAAGACUGCGUAGAAAUUUUGCGUAAAUAAGAUGUCCACGAUGGAGCCGGACCUCAUGCGGCAGCUGUACAACAUCUCGGACCUGAUGGGCAACCUCUCGUGGCUGUUCAACGCCAGCAGGAACAUCGACCCUGCGCUGCUGGACCAGGUGGCGCGCAACCGCAGCCUGGACGACGGCGCCUUCUACUCCCUCAUCUUCAUCUACAGCGCGAUGAUCGUGGUGGGCGCGGCGGGCAACAGCCUCGUGGUGUGCGCCGUGGUGAGGAAGCCGGCCAUGCGCACCGCGCGGAACAUGUUCAUCGUGAACCUGGCCGUGUCCGACCUGCUGCUCUGCCUCAUCACCAUGCCGCUCACCCUCAUGGAGAUUCUCACCAAGUACUGGCCGCUCGGCCGGCACUCCUUCACCUGCAAGAUGAUGGGCACCCUGCAGGCCACCAGCAUCUUCGUGUCCACCAUCUCCAUCACGGCCAUCGCGCUGGACCGCUACCAGGUGAUCGUGUACCCCACCAGGGAGAACCUGCAGAAGCUGGGCGCGGUGUUCAUCCUCACGUGCAUAUGGAUGACCUCCCUCGUGCUCGCCAGCCCCAUGUUCGUGUGGAAGACGCUCAAGUACCACGACAUCAACCUGCCCAGCUACGGCAUCGAGUACAUCGCCUACUGCCUGGAGGAGUGGCCCGUGGAGCACGGCCGCGCCUACUACUCCGUCUUCUCGCUCGUCGUGCAGUACGUGCUGCCCAUCAUCAUCGUGAGCGUGUCCUACUCGCGCAUCUGCCGCAAGCUCAGGUACCGCUACGUGAGCUCCUCGGCCGCGGGCUCGACGACCGCCGCCGCAGCGCAGAAGCGCAGGCCCAAGGACGACCGCCGCAUGAAGAAGACCAACUCGCUGCUGGUCUCCAUCGCGCUCAUCUUCUGCGUCAGCUGGAUGCCGCUCAACACGUUCAACCUGGUGGUGGACUUCUACAACCCGUUCGGCGAGGACCGCCGCUCCAUGAUGGUCUGCUACGCCGUGUGCCACAUGAUGGGCAUGUCGUCGGCCUGCUCCAACCCGCUGCUGUACGGCUGGCUCAACGACAACUUCCGCAAGGAGUUCAAGGAGAUCCUGGCGCGCGCGUGUCCGUGCGUGGACCUGGACGCGGUGCGGGAGCGCGUGGGGUCGCUCAGGUCGUCCGUGUCGAGGGGCCGCCGGAGACUGCGCCAGGACGGCACCCCGCUGAGGCCGCUGGCGGGGGCGGAGCCCGAGACCACGGCCUGCCCCGCCAGCUGUCGGCGCGGCACCAUCACCACCGACAACGGCCUCAACAGCGUCCAGGGCGACUCCGAGAUGUCGGUGCUCACCAAGAUGUAGCUACAGCCGCGGCGCCAGCGACCCUCCAGCCAGGCGGCCGCAAGGCGAACAGCGCGCGGGGCAGGCGCGGGCGCGACCGG